GGCCACCGAAGCCUUUCUGCUGAAGACCUACGAGAGUAGAACUCCCAAGUCACUUCUUUUACCAGCCAGACUGACGCGCAUCUCGAGUAUAGAAAUGCGCAAUGGCGCCUCUGGUCGAUAAUCCGUUUAUUGCUUCUGCCUCGUUGCACAAUCCCCGUAUGUUCUUUUGUUUCCUCGGAACCUCAACCUGAAUCUAUAAUUCUGAAGCUUAAAUGGAUACCUGUCUAAUCCUUCAUAGUGCCGCUCUUCCUACAUACUUACAUCUGGCCCUUUGCAAUCAUCUGGCCCGUCUUCUUCCGCUACUACCUCUCACAGGAACUCUACGAUAAGCACAUCAAUGGGCAAGAAUGGACGUUUGUGUGGUGCGGUACCAUCAUUACCCUCCAAAGUCUGGUGUGGCUGAGUACCAACUGGAGCGUAAAUCUCAAGGCCAUCUUCACCUCGACCAGCGUCAAGACCGUUUCGGAUGCCAAAUUAAUCAAGGUUCUUCCCAUUGUGAAUGCCGGAUCUCCCGAGAUAUGCUCCAUUGUUCGAGAUAAUGUAGGUCGAGUCCUUUUGCCGUAGCCAAACUACUAGUUACUAAAAAAUCAUCAGGCCGGAGGCAAAAACAACGUCUCCUUCUUAUUCCAAAAACGCCGUUUUCUCUACGAUGCCACCAAAAACUCUUUCUCCCCUCUUACCUACGCCAUCGACGCGGAGCCGAAACCAAACCUCGAACAUUUCCAGAAGUCGAGAGGAAUCGCUUCUGCCUCCGAAUUAUCGAGAAUCCAGCAACAUUACGGAGAUAAUACCUUCGAUAUUCCUGUCCCGGGUUUCGUCGAGUUGUUCAAAGAACAUGCUGUCGCACCCUUUUUCGUAUUUCAAAUUUUCUGCGUGGGAUUAUGGAUGUUGGACGAAUACUGGUAUUAUUCUCUCUUUACUCUCUUCAUGCUUGUAGCAUUCGAGAGCACAGUAGUAUGGCAACGCCAGAGGACUUUGAACGAAUUCCGGGGUAUGAGCAUCAAGCCUCACGACAUUUACGUCUACCGACAAAACAAAUGGGAGGAGACUCAAAGUGAUAAAUUGCUUCCUGGCGACUUGGUUUCAGUAGGCCGUACGAAAGAGGAUAGCGGUGUAGCUUGUGAUAUGGUUCUUGUGGAAGGAAGCGCUAUCGUGAACGAGGCCAUGUUGUCUGGAGAAAGUACCCCACUACUCAAGGACUCGAUUCAACUCAGACCUGCGGAUGCCCUACUUGAACCAGAAGGCUUGGAUAAGAAUGCGUUCCUUUAUGGCGGUACCAAAGUUCUUCAAAUUACCCAUGGUAAUAGCGACGAAGAACGUCCAAAGGUGGCCUCUGGAGUGCCGUCGCCCCCCGAUAAUGGUGCUAUGGCUAUUGUUGUCAAAACAGGAUUCGAAACCUCGCAAGGAAGCUUGGUUAGAACCAUGAUUUACUCAACUGAACGAGUGUCCGCCAACAAUGCCGAAGCACUCCUCUUCAUUUUGUUCCUCUUAAUUUUCGCGAUCGCCGCCUCUUGGUAUGUCUGGGAUGAGGGUGUCAAGAAGGACAGAAAAAGAUCCAAGCUCCUUCUGGACUGUGUUCUCAUUGUAACAAGUGUUGUGCCACCUGAACUUCCUAUGGAGUUGAGUCUUGCUGUCAAUACCAGUCUUGCAGCCCUCAGUCGCUACGCCAUCUAUUGUACCGAGCCUUUCCGUAUUCCUUUCGCUGGCCGAGUUGAUGUCGCUUGUUUUGACAAGACUGGUACUUUGACUGGCGAGGACCUCGUUGUUGAAGGAAUCGCCGGCAUCGCUCAAAAGGCUGGUGAUCUCAGCCAUAUUACCCCUGUUCUGGAGGUCCCGUUGGAGACAACUCUUGUACUUGCAACUGCUCAUGCCUUGGUUAAGCUAGACGAGGGAGAUGUUGUCGGAGAUCCUAUGGAGAAAGCCACUCUUACCUCACUCGGCUGGACUCUUGGUAAAAACGAUACUCUUACGAGCAAACAUACAACUACUGUCAAAGGAUCCUCAUUCAGCACACCUUCUAAUGUUGUUCAAGUUAAGCGUCGCUUCCAAUUCUCUUCGGCUUUGAAACGCCAGAGCUCAGUUGCAACCGUGACCAUUCUCCACCCUGAAACGCAAAAGAAGAUUCGCAGCACUUUCGUAGGUGUCAAGGGCGCCCCAGAAACUAUCAUGAAAAUGCUGGUAAAGGUCCCUGAACAUUACGAGGAUACUUUCAAGUAUUUUACAAGAAAAGGAUCACGAGUUCUUGCGUUGGCUUACAAGCAUCUCUCUUCGGACGGGGAACUUGGUAGCGGAAAGAUAAAUGAGCUCAAGCGAGAAAAGGUUGAGGCAGAUUUGCACUUUGCUGGUUUCCUCGUACUUCAUUGUCCACUCAAAGAUGAUGCAAAAGCGUCGGUUCGACAGCUCAACGAGAGCAGUCAUCGUGUAGUUAUGAUUACCGGCGAUAAUCCUCUCACCGCGGUUCACGUUGCUCAUGAAGUUGAAAUUGUGGACAGAGACGUCUUGAUUUUAGAUGCCCCAGAGCAUGACGACUCCGGAGAGAAGCUUGUCUGGAGAAGCGUAGAUGAUGAAAUUUCUAUCCCCGUCGAUCCUACCAAACCAAUCGACCCCAAGAUUCUGGAAUCGAAAGAUCUUUGUGUUACGGGAUACGCUUUGGCUAAAUUCAAGGGCCAAGCUGCGUUACCUACGAUUUAUCGUUACACUUGGGUUUAUGCCCGAGUUUCUCCAAAACAAAAGGAAGAAAUCCUUACCGGUCUUAAAGACCUUGGUUACUACACUCUCAUGGCUGGAGAUGGUACCAAUGAUGUUGGUGCCCUUAAGCAGGCUCAUAUCGGUGUCGCGCUCUUGAACGGAUCUCAGGACGAUUUGAACAAGAUCUCGGAGCAUUAUAGAAACACCAAGAUGAAGGAGUUGUAUGAAAAACAAGUUCAGAUGAUGCAACGAUUCAAUCAGCCAAGCCCACCUGUUCCUAUUCUGAUUGCGCACCUUUAUCCUCCAGGACCAACUAAUCCACAUUAUGAGAAAGCAAUGCUCAGAGAAAUGGAGCGAAAGGGAAAUACGCAGGCAUUGGCCGAGAUUGCUGCCGCACCAGCGACACCGGCGGCACCAGCCAACAGCCAAGUUGCCGUCCCUAACGGACAACAAAAGGUAGCAAAUCUGGCCGAGAAAUUCACACAGAGCAUGAUGGAGGCUGAAAUGGACGACGAACCACCAACUAUCAAGCUCGGUGAUGCGUCGGUAGCUGCCCCUUUCACAAGCAAGCUCAGUAACGUUAUCGCCAUUCCAAACAUCAUUCGUCAAGGUCGAUGCACUUUGGUUGCAACGAUCCAAAUGUACAAGAUUCUUGCACUCAACUGUCUUAUUAGCGCAUACAGUCUUAGUGUUCUUUACCUUGAAGGUAUCAAGUUUGGAGAUGGCCAAGUUACCAUCAGCGGUAUGCUUAUGAGUGUUUGCUUUUUAUCCAUUUCGAGAGCAAAGUCUGUUGAAGGACUUUCCAAAGAACGUCCUCAGCCCAAUAUCUUCAACUUUUACAUCAUCGGAUCUAUUCUCGGGCAAUUUGCUAUCCAUAUUGUCACUCUCAUCUACAUUGCUCGGUUCUGCGAUAAGAUUGCCCCGUAAGCUACCCCCUGAACAUAUGUAGAACAUAGCUAACCUUGGUUUCAGUCGAGAUGCCGAGAUUGACCUCGAGGGAGAGUUCGCACCUUCUCUCUUGAACAGUGCUGUCUAUCUCCUGCAACUCAUCCAGCAAAUCUCGACGUUUGCCAUCAACUAUCAGGGCCGACCCUUCCGUGAGGCACUAUCAGGUGAGUUUAUUUCCAUCAGCUUACCGUGGAUUUCGGCUAACUAUGGCCCCCUAGAAAACCGUGGUAUGUACUGGGGUAUUUUGGGAGUUUCGGGUAUUGCAUUCUCCUGCUCUACGGAGUUCAUACCCGAGAUCAACGAGAAGAUGCGCCUUGUCCCGUUCACCUCUGAAUUCCGAUGGACGAUGACGACGGUUAUGAUUGUUGAUUACGUGGGUUGCUUUGUGAUUGAAAAGGUCCUCAAGGCUUUAUUCAGUGACUACAAACCAAAGGAUAUUGCCAUUCGAAGACCUGAUCAAAUCGCCAAAGAGGAGAAGAGAGCUGCGGAUAAGCUCGCGGAAGUGAUGCGUCAGGAAGAAGAGAAGGCAGCCAAGGCCAUUGCGGACUUAGAGGAGAAGCUGCGUGGUGUUAAACGUCGCGCGUAAUUGAUGGUAUCUGGUGUACGAUAGUUAAUACAUAGAAAACAGAAUAGAUUUGGUUUGUGU